AAGGAACUGCAACGAGAGAAAAUGAAGCUGCUGAUCAUUGCCUGCUUGCUUGCCCUGGCUGUGGGCCACGAGGUGUAUUACUAUACCCCCAGCUAUGGGUACUACCCCAGUACUUUUGCCAGGUCCUCGGCCGUCCUGCCCUUGGCCUAUUCCCGUUUGAUUGCCCCGGCAGCCGCCGAAUCGCAUCUUUACCACAGCGUGGAGACCCCGAACUCCUUCCAGCAGCAAUAUCGCAGCGACUACAAGCCCCUGACCUAUGAGUACAUCUACUAA